CAAGGCUUAUCGAGCGAAAACAGCUGUCGUUGUUUGGAUUACGAGAUAGUAAAUAGAACUAUUGAAAUUAAAUUUGUUGGCUGUGAAAUAAAGGAAAUAUGGCUUUCCUAUUGAGACAAGUGGCAAAGUCGGGAUUGCAGAGAAAUCUGAUACUGAUGCGGCACGCUUCCGCCUCCACAUCCGCGAAUCCUGAGCUGAGUGUCCAGGUUAGUGAGAGCUGCAUGAAGCGUCUCCGUGAAAUUUGCGUGGAUGGAUCGUUUCUCCGUGUGACCGUGGAAGGAGGCGGAUGUUCCGGCUUCCAGUAUAAGUUCGAUUUGGAUAAGCAACUAAACGAGGAUGACCGGCAGUUUGGUGAGGACAAGGCUAAAGUGGUGAUUGACACCGUCUCACUGGAAUACUGCAGUGGAGCCACCGUGGACUAUCACAGCGAACUAAUUCGCGCCGGAUUCCGUAUGGUGGCCAAUCCGCUGGCGGAACAAGGCUGCUCCUGUGGAUCAUCCUUUUCAAUCAAAUUGUAGUUUAAACUUUAGAGAAAAUUAUUUAAUACACAUAUAAUGUUCAGUUA